AGUACAUUCCAAAGCACAGAAGCAUAAACUGAUUCCAUCAUCUCUUCUCAUUGCCCAGCGGCUCAAAGCUCAUCCAGUCUGCUCCUCGUUCAGUAUUAUUAUCUUUAUUUCUCCAAGAACGUCCUCUCUUCUGCUCACCAAGUCCCGUGUUCCUUCCGUAGCGUUCAAAGCGUCUUUAUUCUGCUUCUCAACGCACCUCUUACUCGCGGCCAUUGCCUCCUCCCUGCCACAAGUUCAGCCUUACUUCCCUCGCCUCACAGCCGGAUCUUGAGGCGCCUAGAAGAUUCUAUCCGCCUCCUCCAUGCCACUGGUUCAGCCUUAUUGCCGUCGCUUCUGAGUUGCAGUUCUAGGUCAGGUCAGCAUGAGACACGAGCGCACUCCGCUACUAUCAUGCCUCGCCAUAGUCACAUGGUGUGCGACGUUGCAUCUCCGCGCGCUGCCAGCCUCGGCGGCGAUCGUCGUCGUCACUCCCAAGAACGCAUCUUACGUCAUCAAUGACGUCGACGCUAACUUCGGCGGCGUCAUCCCCUCGAGCGGCAUUCGCGGCGUUCUGCGCAUAGCCGAGCCGCUCGACGCGUGUCAGCCGCUCGCGCACCGCGUAAAGCGCGCCGAGCGGGCGUUCGCGCUGAUCACACGUGGCAACUGCCUAUUCGACACCAAGGUGCUGAACGCGCAGCUCGCGGGGUACGCAGCCGCGAUAGUGUUCAAUAACGAGGACAGCGAAGAGCUCAUAUCGAUGUCCGGGCGCAACGUGUGGGACGUGGCGAUCCCCGCCGUCUACAUCGCGCACGCGGACGGGCUGCUGCUGCUCUCGCUCGUGUCCUCGCACCCCGCGUCGCUCCUCAUCCUCCUCCCCACCCUCUCGGGCUCCCUCCUCCCGCUCCUCGCCGCGUCGCUCCUCGCCCUCCUCACUCUCUCCGUCUUCCUCACCUCGUUCUUAAUCAUCAUGCGCCAGCAGCGGAUACGGCGCGCGCUGGAAGAGGCGCGGAGGGGGGGCGCGGGGGGGAUGGGGGGAGCGGGGGGGUUGGGGGAGGAGGGGUUGGUGGUGAUGCGCGCGCUGCUGCUUCCGCCGCCCGAUAAGCACACCGGCUUAUCGGCUGCUGAGCUGGAAGCGCUCCCCGAGAUUACGUAUUCGCCUUCUAUGGAGGACCUUGCAGCGGCUUGUAAAGGGGAUGGAGGAGAGGAGGGAGAGGCGGUUGGGGGUGAGAGGGAAGGGGACGUGGAGGGAGGGAGGGAGGAGGGGAGUGAGAGAAGUGGGGGGAGUGGGCGAAAUGAUGAUGGGAGUGAGGGGGGAGAGGAGGAGAAAGUGCCGAUGAGGAGGAGAGUGUGGAGCAGAGCGCUGGAGACGUGUGCUAUUUGCUUGGAUGAUUACCAGUCAGGGGACCGGCUGAGAGUCCUGCCAUGCCGCCAUGAGUUCCAUGCGGCCUGUGUGGACGAGUGGCUCACCACCAAGCAGCCCCUCUGCCCCAUCUGUAAGGGCGACGCUCACGUGCCCUCCACCUCCCCUGCUGACUGCUGCGCUGGCAGCAGCAGCAGCAGCAGCAGCAUCAGUGGCAGCAGCAGCAGCAGCAUUUCCAUCACCAGCAGCAGCAGCAGCACUAGCAGUUCCCCCAGCCACAGUGCCACCAGCACCAUCAUCACUGUCUCUCCCUCCACUCCUGCAACUGCUUCCAAUCAACGCCUCUCCUUCUCCUCUUCUCCCUCCUCUCCCCGCACUCAAUCCCAAUCAUCCUCACCAUCGUUUCUCAUUUCUCUCCUUCCCCAACUAACUUGGCUAAGACUUUCCACCAACUCCCAAACCUCCACAUCCGGCCCGGCCGUGCCUAGCCCGUCUGCUGCCGAGCCUGAAGCAAGUGACAUUCGGCAGCCGUUCCUUCUGCCUCCUGUUCCCGCUGCGUCUCCUCCUUCCCCCCCCUCCCCUUCAGCUGCUGACUCAGCAGCUGUGGCUGCUGAGCUGUCACACCGAGCUGUUGUGAGCAUGGGAUGAUGCAUCUCACAUCAUCUCCGUGCAACAAGCUUUGCAUGUGCCAAACCUGCUGAGGGAAUGUCGAGCCAAGACAUGUGCGCCAGUGAGGCACACCCCAUACCAUCACCUGGCUGCGGCUGGAUAGACACGAGGUACAAAGCAAAGGCCAAGCUAAAGCUGGGCCCUCCACUACCCACACGGACAAUUCCCUGCUCCCAAGCUUGCCCGUCUCAGACACACUGUAGUGACGUGAUUGCUCGCAAGUGUGAUAACGCACCUGAAGCUGCUUUCUUGUGCAUAUUGCUUUGCCACCAUGGCAGACUAGGCAGACUGUACCGAAUGCUGUGAAUUGUUUCAUUCUUCUAUUAGAGAAGGGCAUAGUCAUGAUUCAUAAAGCAAGUGUUCCACUUGUAAUUCCAAGGA